AUGAUGGGUUCAUUAAACGAGUCAAUAAUUGGUGGUGCCACAAAACAAAUAGUUGAGGAAGGACAUUCUGUUGGAGUAGUAAAAACCCCUGGGCGGUCGGGGUCAUCUGAUUUAUUUACAAAAGAAGGUGCGCGGGUAGUUGCGUGUUUAGUUGUAUCGCGUGAGGAUAAAGAUGAUGAUGAGAGUGAUGAGAGUGAUGGGUCUAACGGUAAUGAGUCAAAGCAGGAGAAAUCAGGCACCAAAGGAGAGAAAGAAAAAGAAAAAGAACAAGAGGAAGAGGAAGAAGAAUUAGAAUUAGAAGAAGAAGAUAAUGAUAAUGAUAAUAAGGAUGAUGACAACGACGACGAUGGAGGACAUCGGGUUUUGCUGGUUAGCGUCAAAAAGGGGGUCAACAAAUGGACGCUACCAAAGGGUGGAGUGGAGGAACGCGAGGCUCAUGAUUACGGGUUGGCUGCGAUUCGGGAGACUUGGGAAGAGGCGGGAGUUUUAGUACGUAAACUUGGCAAGGAUGGCAGGGAGGAGAGGUUGGAUAGGUUGGAUAACUUGGAUGGGUUGGAAGGAUUAGAAGGAUUGAAAGGAUUGAAAGGAAAGGUUUCAGGUAACGGUCGGACAAUUUGUGACGUGGAUCAUGUGACAAGCAGUGGGGAGUAUGUGCGGCGGAUAGAAUUGGAGGGGAUGCCUAAUGGAGAGCAGUUUGCACGGGUAGGGGUUUUCAACAAGAAGAAGCUACGCAAGUUCCCUCGGGGGAGUCAGGGGGAAGUUAUAAGCAGUGGAGAGAAUUGGAUUUAUUUCUACGAGGGAGAGUAUGGGGCGGAUGUUGGAGGGGAGGAAGAGGAGGGACCAGAAGGAUGGCGAUGGCGGUGGUUGGAGAGUGGUAAGCGAGACCGGGUUUGGGUUAAUGUUUUACAAGCUGAGCGGAUGUUACGGCGGUCUGGUCGGGAAGAGAUGGUGAGAGCGUUACAGAUGAGUCGGGUAUAUCAAAGGGCGAUUGAUAGUGAUCGGAAAAGGGAUAAGGAUGAUAAGGAUGAUAAGAAGAAGAAGAAGAAGAAAAAGAGGAAUAAGAAGAAUAAGAAUAAGAAUAAGAAAAAAAAUGGAGAUUUGAUGAAUGAGAUAGAAGUUGGUGGUAGCGGUAGCGGUAGCGGUAGCGGUAGCGGUGGCGGUAGCGGUAGUAAUAGUGGUAGUAAUAGUGGUAGUGGUAGUGGUAGUGGUAGUGGUGGUGAUUUGACCAAGAAAGGUAAAAGCAAUGAGAUGGCCAAGAGAGGUGAGAAAGGUAAGAAUGGUAAUUACCCCCCUUAUAAGAAAGGUAAGAAGAGUAGUGGUAGUGGUAGUUUGCAACAAGCCAAAGCCUAA